CGGAAAUGUGUUGUACCGAAAAUGUGGCGCGAGACAUAGCCAAUGUUGUGUGUACAUACAAAUGUUUGAAGUAAAAACCUAAUCUAAAACAGUUCCAGCCACUGCAUUGAUUAUACAUUUGGGGAACUGCGUUGCUUUAUGAGACGGACGGCAUAGGAACCGACGUUCCUCAAGGCAAAUAUGCCCCGUAGACGACAGAGUGUGCAUUUGGGGAGUGGCUCUGAUGGGACUGAAGAUUCAGACUCUUCUGCUGAGAGAGAACAGACGAACAGCUCAGAGAGUGAUGGAAACAUGCCCAAGAGAACACGCCUCACAAGAGCAUCUCUACGCCUCAGCCAAAGCUCACAAGACACACCAGAUGUGAAGCGAGUCGGCGACCAUGAUGAGUCUCCGCCGUUGACGCCCACAGGCAACGCCCCAUCAUCUGAGUCCGAGCUGGACAUCUCCAGCCCCAACGCCUCCCACGACGAAAACGUGGCCAAGGACCCCGCCCUCAGAGACUCAGACAAGGACCUCUCCCACCGGCCCAAGCGCCGCCGCUGCCACGAGACCUACAAUUUUAACAUGAAGUGUCCCACGCCAGGAUGCAACUCACUGGGACAUCUAACAGGGAAACAUGAACGCCAUUUUGCGGUUUCAGGAUGCCCUCUUUACCAUAACCUCUCUGCUGACGAAUGCAAGGUGAAAGCAACUACUCGCGAGAAACACGAAGAAGAAACAAAGGUGCAGGAGGAAAGCAACAGACACGCCACACGACAUCAGACACCCACAUCAAAACAGACAAGAUACAAAGAGCAGGUGACAGAGAUGAGGAAGGGGAGGAACUCUGGGCUACCCAAGGAGCAGAAGGAGAAAUACACGGAGCAUCGACAGAGCCACGGCAACACCAGAGAACCUCUUCUGGAGAACAUCACUAGUGACUAUGACCUGGAGCUUUUCAGAAAAGCCCAGGCACGCGCAUCUGAAGAUCUGAAAACGCCACAGGAGAAGCUGCGGAUCCAGGGCCAGAUCACAGAGGGCAGCAACAUGAUCAAGACCAUCCUUUUUGGCCGCUACGAGCUGGACACGUGGUACCACUCACCCUACCCUGAGGAGUACGCCCGCCUGGGACGUCUCUACGUCUGCGAGUUCUGCCUCAAGUACAUGAAGAGCCAGACCAUUCUGAGACGACACAUGGCCAAGUGUGUGUGGAAGCAUCCACCAGGAGAUGAGGUCUACAGAAAGGGAGCCAUAUCUGUCUUUGAGGUGGACGGCAAGAAGAACAAGAUCUACUGCCAGAACCUGUGUCUACUCGCCAAGCUCUUCCUGGAUCACAAGACGCUGUACUACGACGUGGAACCCUUUCUGUUCUACGUUAUGACUGAGGCAGACAACACAGGCUGCCAUCUUGUGGGAUACUUCUCUAAGGAGAAGAACUCUUUCCUCAACUACAACGUCUCCUGCAUCCUGACAAUGCCCCAAUACAUGAGGCAGGGCUUUGGGAAGAUGCUGAUUGACUUCAGUUACCUGCUGUCCAAGGUGGAGGAGAAGGUGGGCUCCCCAGAGAGGCCCCUCUCGGACCUGGGCCUCAUCAGCUACCGUAGCUACUGGAAAGAAGUGCUGCUGCGUUACAUGUACAACUUCCAGGGCAAGGAGAUCUCCAUCAAAGAGAUCAGCCAGGAGACAGCUGUGAACCCAGUGGACAUUGUCAGCACCCUGCAGUCCCUGCAGAUGCUUAAGUACUGGAAGGGAAAGCACCUCGUCUUGAAGAGACAGGACCUGAUCGAUGAGUGGAAAGCCAAGGAGACGAAAAGAGGCAGCAACAACAAAACCAUCGACCCCAGCUCGCUAAAAUGGACGCCGCCCAAAGGGACAUAGACUAUAGGCUCACAAGUGAGCCACUUAAUAAACUCUACUUUCUUCUACCACACCUUCCGGGAUAGGAGUCCUAUCAAUACCACAAUGUUCUUCUAUCCUUAAACCCACCCAGUAGCUGCCCCUUACUUGGUUUUUUUUGUCUGGAGGAACUCUCUUCCCCUGUUUUACAUUUCGACUUGUAUUUAUAUUUUAGUAAUGUGUCACCAUUCAAUCGAUUCUUGGCUGAAAUAUUGUUAAACAAUGAAGGUUACAGAAUUUGAGUUGGUGACUUGUUUUAAAAGAUCCACUUAAAGAUGAGCUAUGAAUGUAGUUACAUCUCGUCUGAGCUCUGACACUAGUGGAUCACAUGAUGAGUGUUUUGCUUCUUUGUCCACAAAAAGAAAGACACACCUCUGACAUGCUGCAGCAUUCCUGGCUAUUUUAUUUCAUUCAACACAGUUGCGGUUGUUUGCAGAGACAAGUACAUUUUUGGGGAUAGAAUAUACAAUCAUCAGCAUGAACUUUGAUACCUUAGACAUUUUCUUCUUACAAGUAUGAGAUACUGUUUCGUUUUGUAUGGUAGUCAUUUUUGAGUCGAUAUCAAAAUUGUAUAGGUCAUGAAAACAAAUAUUUUUUUCUAGCUUUAGUAAUACUGGAGUUGGUCCCAUUCCUUUUGUGAAUCUGCCAAAUGAAGAAAUAAAAAUAUGACAUACCAGUUAAAAUGUUUGGUUUGCAUU